AUGUGGACUAUCUUGCUGAUUUCAAACAUCAACUCUGGACAUACUGAGGAAAGACCAAAAGCCAAAGUGACCAUCAAACCUGCUCAACAGAGGAGAGGAGAGACAGUCACUCUCAGAUGUGACAUACAGGAUGAUGGAGUCACUAGAUGGCAGUACAGUUGGUAUAAAGGCUCAGACAGUGUUUUCAGUGAUAAACAGGAACACACAUUCAGUCCUGUUAAAGAGGUUGACGCAGGUAAAUACUCCUGUUAUGGAGUAGAGACGGAAGGAUCACGAACAUCAAACAGUGAUGAAGUUACACUGACAGUAUCAGUUCCCAAAGCAGUUUUAAGUGUUUCUCCACAGAUGUGGUUGACUGAAGGAGAUUCAGUGACUCUGAUCUGUCAGAUUAAUGGCUUCUCUACAGGCUGGACAUUCAGCUGGUUCACUGAGACUGUCUCAUCAAACAGCAGCAGAGGAGCUGGAGGAAACUACACUGUCAGUUCUGCUGCUCUAAAUCACACAGGAGUUUAUUUGUGCAAACCAGCCUAUAACACACAGUACAGCAACACACAGUUAAUAUGGGUCACUGGUGUUUCUCCUCCAGUCUCUCUGAUCAUCAGUCCCAACAGAACUCAACACUUCACAUCUGUCUCUGUCUCUGUCUCUCUGAGCUGUGAGGACCAGAGUGACUCUACUGGAUGGAAAGUGAGAAGAAACACAGACAGAUAUGGGCUAAAAUAUUGUUCAUCAUUAUUGUGGGGAUCACAAACAGGAUCUACAUGUACAAUCAGAUCCACCACCCAAUAUGACACUGGUGAGUCUGAAUCUUGAGAGAAAUAUCAUCCUUUAAAUAGGCCUUUUAAUAUCACUGUACACUUUGGUGUGAUUCUGGAGAGUCCUGUUCAUCCUGUGACUGAAGGAGAUACUCUGAUUCUACACUGUUUAUAUCAAAAUACAACACCACCAAACCUCAGAGCUGAUUUCUAUAAAGAUGAAUCACUCAUCCAGAGUCAAACUACAGAGAUGAUCAUCUCUACUGUCUCAAAGUCACAUGAGGGUUUCUACUACUGCAAACACCCAGAGAGAGGAGAGUCACCCAAGAGCUGGAUCUCAGUCACAGCUUCCUCCAGAAGAUCAGGAUCUGAUGGUCUCAAUCCUGUGAUAGUUGGAGUGACUGCUGGACUGACUGUCACAUUUUUGAUUGUUGUCUUUUUGGUCCUGUUGUGGCGCUACAGAAACAACAAAGGUGGAAGAUCUCAGUCUCCCUCUAGUGUCAGUCAACAGCAGAACAGCAGUCUAUGA